AUGAAAUACGGAUAUUUAAAAUGUAGGUUCAUUUUCCAUGUAUGAAGAAAGUGAAUAAAAUAUAUCCUAAAAUCAAAUAUUUAUAUUGUAUUGUACAAAGCAUAAAUGUUGAUUACAAAGGAAACUAUUAAAUUUGUAUGUGAAAUUGAAAAAGAAGAAGAAGACUAUAUUGUAGGUUAUACUAAACGUCAGUUAUUUUGUAAACAUAAACCCUUGUUUAAAAAUCAUUAUAAUAUUACAGUAAAAGCGAAAAAACAAAACAAACGAAACAAUGGGUUCUGAUAGAAAAACGCGAACCAGAUCGCGUUCUCCGAGGUACAGAUCGAGAAACAGAUCUAAGUCGAAAUCACCGCACAGAAGUCACAGCAAAAGUAGACGCAGACACAGUCCACAUAGCAGCCACUCAAAUGGUUACAAGAAAAGUGACCAUUUUACGCGGCCCAUGGAUGAUUACAGAAAACAUUCGCAUGGUGAUCAUAGAUCCAAGGAUUCAUACAAAAAGAUUUCGAAAGAGGAUGAGUUUAUGGAGGCGAGGAGGCAGGAACGGGAGAUACUUGGUAUGAGAGACUGUCCAAAUAUUUGGGGCAGGUCACCUUCACCUCACCAUUUGGACUCAGAUGAAGAUGAUUCAAAAAAACAGACUGUUGUCAGUAAGAAGUCUAAAAAGAAGAAGUCAAAGAGCAAGAAAGAGAAAAAACACAAGAAGGAAAAGAAGCACAAGAAAGGGAAGAAGAAAAAGAAAAGGAAACACUCAUCCAGUGAUGACAGCAGUUCUGAAGAAGAAACUUGGGUUGAAAAGAAAGCUAGUCAAAAGACUGAUUCCCAAACAGACUCAGAUAGUGAUGAUGGAGUGGUAGGACCAGUUCAAAAGGCUCAUGGUACCCUGACCCACAAGGAAAUGGGCAAAGCUCUUUUGCCUGGUGAAGGUGCCGCGAUGGCAGCCUACGUAGCAGAAGGCAAGAGGAUUCCCAGAAGAGGAGAAAUUGGACUGACUUCCGAUCAAAUUGCGUCGUUCGAGUCUGUCGGAUAUGUCAUGUCAGGAUCCAGGCACAGAAGAAUGGAGGCUGUACGUAUACGAAAGGAAAACCAAAUAUAUUCUGCAGAUGAAAAGAGGGCACUUGCCAUGUUCAGCAAGGAAGAAAGGAUGAAGAGGGAGAAUUUGAUUUUGGGACAGUUUAAGGAGAUGAUUAACUCCAAAUUGGCGGACAAAAAUAAUUAAUUUGUAUAUAGAAUCAUAUUAUGUAUAUUUAAUGAUAAUUAACAAUAAUAAUAAUAAACAGACUCCAAUUUA